ACAACAAUCCCACAAUCAUGGAUCGGGAGCUGCUGGGAGAAGUGGGACUGUAAUGCUUGGGGAGGGGGAGGGGCUCACAUGCUGUACCCCCGCCGCUCCACCCCCAAAUUAACGAGGAUUAUGUAAUCCGAAACUGGGUGGGGGAGGGUAGGCUAACGUAUUUACAUUACUAUGCCAUUUGACUUUUCUCUUUGUCAUGAUGCAAAAACAGAGCCUUUGUGGUACUAGUUACCGGGAGAGCGACAAGUAAAACAGUAUGUUAGUCAGGCUUUAGUAGCCUGUAAACAUAAAGGCCAAAUAGCAGCCCCCUCAAUCCACCAGCAACACACGGAGGCAUCCAUCCACCCGCCAUGUCAACCAGUCUACGCUGUCGAAGGUCCUUCAGAACGAUGUUGAGCAGGAGAGGGAUAUGAGGGCUGAGAUCCAGGAGAUGAAGAAGGAGCACAACUCCGUUAGCAUGAUGGAUGAGUUUGCCAGAUACGCCAGACUAGAGCGCAAAAUCAACAAGAUGACUGACAAGCUGAAGACACAUGUCAAGUCAAGAACUGCUCAACAAGCCAAAAUGAAAUGGAUGGUGAAUAUAGGUUUUUAUAUCCUGCAGGCUGCUCUGAUGAUCUCCCUGAUUUGGAAGUAUUAUGCUGACCCAGUGACUGUUGUACCCAGUAAGUGGAUUGCCCCCCUGGAGCAGAUGGUGGCUUUCCCAUCUAGAGUAGCAGGUGGUGUUGGAAUCACAUGCUGGCUGGUGGUGUGCAACAAAGUGGUGUCUAUUGGUCUACAUGCUGUUAGCUAAGGAAUGGUAUCUUCUCAUGUCUUAUUUAUUCCCCAAAUGUUCUGAGAAUGAAGUCAGGCAGUGUUACUCAGCGCUUUGAUAUUACAGUUUAAACCGGUACUGUUGGUAUGCACCUUUUUACAAAGCACCCCAUAUUCAAAGGUUGCCUUACAUUGCCAGUGUUAUUGCACAUAUUUGACGGUCUCUCAUGUUGGCUUUGGAAUUGUAUGUUGUUUCACAGGUUGCUACUCUGCGAAAUGAUUGUAUGAGCAUGUUUUAAUGAGCAUGUAUUUAAAUCUCAUUCCAACUUAUUGAGAUGAGUUGAGCAAGAAGUGUUAAAAUUGUUUAAUUGUUAUGUCAUUUUGUUAAUUUGUUAUUCAUGUUAAUUGUAGGCAUGGUCUGUGGCAACAUUUUCAUUUUGCUGAACCAAUAUCACAAAGUUUACUGUUUGGGUUUUGGAAGUGUUGAAGUAUGCAUAAGAAAAUAUGCGUACUUCAACACAAUAAAGAAUUUGAAAUCC